GUACGAAAGUUGUUUCCGGAACAUGUGCUUGUUGUAAACAAGAAAUCGUUUCAAAUCGUAAAAUGAUCAAAAUUCACAUAAACGGAAGCAGAAAAGGUUACAACUAAACUUACAUGUAUACUUGUGUAAAUAUAAAAUAGCCCCCCUUUUAUAGAAACAGGAAUCUGCAAUAUUAAUUGUGAAGGAGUGGAAUACAAUUAUUCCGUAAAGGACAAAUACAUGUACAUCCUUCUAAGAUAGACACAGUUCAUUGUCAGAAUGAUUAAAAAUGAAAGAGGACAGCAACAAUUGACUGAAAAGAAACGAGGUGCCUUAACUGUAGAACAGAUCCAGUCAGAUAAAAUAACACAGUUAGCACAAGAGUUCUGGUCAACAGAAGCAAUAAAAAAUGGUGCCGCUUUUAACCCUGGGAUUAUUGAAGAGAUAUAUAAGGAAGAAAUAAUUAAAACCAAUUUUUCUUCUAAAAGAAUAAUGAUGUUGGAAUUUAGCCGUUUUCUGGAGAAUUAUUUGUGGAAAAAUUAUGAUCCAAAUAAGUCAACAUUGGCUCAUAUAAUGUCUAUAGCUGUAAUUGUUAAUGAAAAAGUGAGAGAACAUGUACCAGCUUGGGAGGCAUUUACAAAUAAACCCCUUCAUUUUCCUGCAUUCAUCCAUAAAGUUUUAGAUCUAAGUUUAGCCAAGUCUGGUCCAUCACUUAAAGAACAAACAAAUCUACUAGUUUUUAUAGUACAUUGUUUUAAUAGUUUGGAAGUUGAUUUGAUAAGAGACCAGAUUCAGAAAUUAGUUUCUUUACCUAUCUGGGAGAAUAUAUUACCUGGACGGCGUGAAGAACUUUUCAAAACCAACACAAAAUAUAAGAAAGUGUUCAACAUAAUUAAAAAGAGUGAUGCCAAAAUGGAAAAAGAUAAAUUACAAAUAGUGCAAAAAGAUCGCCAGUUUUUAUCCAGAACGAUUCAUAAAUAUUUUGAUAUUUUGAAACAGAUUCCAGAGAAAGGCAAACUAAACCAAGAUAAAGUCAAUUAUUGUGAAAGAUUUAUGGAGUUAAUGAUUGAUAUUGAAGCACAGCUACCUACACGAAGAUUUUUCAAUGUGUUAAUGGAUGACCAUCAUGUCGUAGAAAUAAGUAAACUGUCAAGUCUAACAAAAAGAGAUGAAGGAAAGUUAUUUACUGAGCUAUUAGAUAUGUUAUGUGUUUAUGCCGAGUUUGAAAUAGAUGAAAGGACUGGUGAGGCACUGACUAUUCAUGAUAGAAUAGAUAUACAUUAUAAUAGAGUUCUAGCAUUACAGAAAGUAGUCUUUAAACAUUAUCCAGAGUUACAGAAUUUUGCUAUCAUGAAUAUUGCCAGUAUAGAUUCAAGAAAACCCUUGUUAAAAUAUCUAGGUGAUCUAAGUAAUUUUGACCUACAUAAGAUAUUGGCCUACUUAAAUUACCUUCCUUUCCCUGAAGAAGGCCAAGAAGAGAAAUAUACGACAGAAUUUCUACUUGAACUAUUGGUAUCUAAACAUGAAAAGCGACCAUCUCAACUAGAAGCUAUUAAUGAAAUGCCUCUCUAUCCAACAGAAGAGAUAAUAUGGGAUGAAAAUAUUGUUCCAUCAGAAUAUUAUUCAGGAGGAAGUUGUCUAGCAUUACCAAAGCUAAAUCUACAGUUUUUAACUCUACAUGAUUAUUUGUUGAAAAAUUUCAACCUUUUUAGAUUAGAAUCUACAUAUGAAAUACGACAGGAUAUUGAAGAUGCUGUCAGUCAUAUGAAACCAUGGCUAGCAGAAGAUAGCAGUUGUCUAUUUGGAGGCUGGGCUCGUAUGGCGCAAAGUAUUGUUGGUUUUAAUGUAGUAGAGGUAGCAAAACCAAGAAUUGGUGAGAAUCAUCCUGCUCAAGUACGAGCUGAUGUUACAAUGAAUCUUAGUGUAAGACCAGAAAUAAAGGCUGAAUGGGAAGCAAUGAGAAAACAUGAUGUAGCGUUUUUGAUAACAGUCCGUCCUACUCAGCCAAUAGGAACAAAGUAUGAUUAUAAAGCAGACUUUAUACCCCAAGUUGGACUAACAUAUGUUAGGGGAUGUGAGAUAGAAGGCAUGCUUGAUGAAACAGGAAAAGUUAUUGAAGAAGGUCCAGACCCUAAACCAGAAUUACAAGGUAAUACCAGAACAUUCAGAGUUUGGUUAGAUCCAAACCAGUAUCAACUAGAUAUGACCAGAACGGUCAAUGGAGAAGAGGAUGUAUAUGAAACAUUUAAUAUUAUAAUGAGACGUAAACCAAAAGAGAAUAAUUUUAAAGCUGUAUUAGAGACAAUGAGAGAUUUAAUGAAUACUGAUUGUGUUGUACCUGAUUGGUUACAUGAUUUAAUACUGGGAUACGGGGAGCCGGAUUCAGCACAUUAUGCCAAAAUGUCAGAUAAAAUUUCGAAGUUAGAUUGGAACGAUACAUUUUUAACAUUAGAUCAUCUUAAAUCUAGUUUUCCUGAACAUGAUAUCAAGAUAACAUCAACAGAAACUGUUCAAAAUAUUCCACCAUUCAGAUUAAAUUUUAAGGAAGGUGAGACAAGUCAGAAAAGAAAAAAAGAUGAGACAGUGAAAAGUAAAACAGAAAUAGAAGUUGAACCACAUACUAUUCCAAACAGAGGUCCUUAUGAAUACAGUCAACCUAAAAAAAACAGUAUUCAGUUUACACCGACUCAGAUAGAGGCAAUACGAUCUGGGAUGCAACCUGGAUUAACCAUGGUUGUAGGUCCACCUGGUACAGGUAAAACAGAUGUAGCUGUUCAGAUCAUCUCAAAUAUAUAUCAUAACUUUCCAGAUCAACGUACAUUAAUAGUUACACAUUCUAAUCAGGCAUUGAAUCAGCUGUUUGAGAAGAUUAUGGCAUUAGAUAUUGAUGAGAGACAUUUACUACGUUUAGGUCAUGGUGAAGAAGCUCUAGAAACAGAAAAAGAUUUCAGCAGAUAUGGACGUGUUAAUUAUGUACUGGCUCAGAGAAUAGAACUGUUACAGGAAGUAGGUAGAUUACAGACAAGUCUCAGUGCCAGCGGUGAUAUGUCAUACACAGCUGAAACUGCUGGUUAUUUUUAUAUGUAUCAGGUUUUGUCAAGAUGGGAAGAAUUUUUAAGUAAAUUACAGAACAUCAAGGAUAAGGAAGCCAGUCCAACUAAAAUUCGAGAAUUAUUUCCAUUCACAAAGUUUUUUGAUAAUGCACCUCAACCUCUGUUUGGAGGGCGAAGUUAUAGUCAAGAUUUAGAUAUUGCAGAGGGAUGUUUUAGGCACAUCAAAAAAAUAUUCACACAGUUGGAGGAGUUCCGAGCAUUUGAAUUACUACGGAGUGGAUCAGACAGAGCUGAAUACUUAUUUAUAAAAGAAGCUAAGAUCAUUGCCAUGACCUGUACCCAUGCUGCUUUAAAACGAAGAGAUAUGGUGUCUGUUGGGUUCAAGUUUGAUAAUAUUUUAAUGGAGGAAGCUGCUCAGAUUCUGGAGAUAGAAACAUUUAUACCACUCUUGCUGCAGAAUCCUGAAGAUGGUAAUAAUCGUUUAAAGCGCUGGAUUAUGAUUGGUGAUCAUCAUCAGUUGCCCCCGGUGAUUAAAAACAUGGCCUUCCAGAAAUUCUCUAAUAUGGAACAAUCACUGUUUACACGAUUUGUACGACUUGGUGUUCCUACUGUAGAUCUAGAUGCCCAGGGAAGAGCUAAAGCAAGCCUGGCUAGUCUGUAUAAUUGGAGAUAUAAGAAACUGGGAAGUCUACCUCAUGUCCUUGUACAACCAGAAUUUCAGCUGGCUAAUUCUGGUUUUGUCUUUGAUUAUCAGCUCAUUGAUGUCCAGAAUUUUAAUGGUGUGGGUGAAUCAGAACCCAAUCCUUAUUUUUAUCAGAAUCUUGCAGAAGCAGAGUAUGUAGUUGCUGUAUUUAUGUAUAUGAGAUUAAUGGGCUACCCUGCUGAGAAAAUAUCUAUUCUAACCACUUAUAAUGGUCAAAAACAUUUACUCCGGGAUGUUAUUUAUCAACGAUGUGGUAAUAAUCCAUUUAUUGGACGACCUCAUAAGGUAACAACAGUAGAUAGAUAUCAAGGUCAACAGAAUGAUUAUAUUUUAUUGUCAUUAGUCCGAACAAAAACAGUAGGACAUAUUCGAGAUGUACGACGUCUUGUAGUAGCCAUGUCCCGAGCUAGAUUAGGUUUAUAUAUAUUUGCUAGAGCAUCUCUAUUCAGCAACUGUUUUGAAUUGACCCCAACAUUCAACAGAUUGUUGAAUAGACCAUUACAGUUACAUAUAACACCUGAAGAUUCCUAUCCUACAAGAAGAAAGAAUACAGAACAUCCAAUAACCACCCCCAUGGUAAUAGAAGAUAUGCCCAUGAUGGCACAGUUUGUUUAUGAUUUCUAUAACACUAAAGUUGAUUAUUUGAUGAAAACCAGAGGCUUUCAACAGCCAAUAAAGUUAAAGAAAGCUCCAACUGAUGGAACACCAGUUAUAACGAAAGCACCAACUGAUGGAACACCAGUUAUAACGAAAGCACCAACUGAUGGAACGCUAGUUGUAAAGAAAGCAUCAGCUGAAGAAUCUGAAUGAAAAAAAUUAAUUAAAAGAGUUUUGUUUUUGACUGGAAAGGAUUCAAAUUGGACAAGAAAUUGAAACCUCUUUGGCAUUGAUCAGUAUUAAAAGCUGGUGAUGCUGAAAUAAAAUAAAGAUAUCCCAUUCACUGACUAUCUAUAGCGUUGAAUGAAUUUCAACAUAUAUUUGUUAGGUCACAUUUAUUGUACAUGAAGCAUGAAUUCCAUGUUUUACACUAUCUUUAUUUGAAAGUUGGGAAAAUUUCAUAUUUCUAGAAUUCUCUCUUUACUAAUAAUAUCAGACAUAUUUUUGGGAAGUGUUAAGAGUUUUUGUUCAAAUGUAUAGUUAAUAUUGUACAUAUGGAUAUGUAAAUUGGCAUCUGUAAAUAUUACCAUUUAAAUGUCAUUGAUCAUAUUUUAGGAUACCACAGUCCUGCCUUUAAUAGGAGCCAGAGUAAUAUUUUUGUCAUUGUUAUUACGCUAAUAUUUCUCACUCAAUCGUAUUUGGCAGUUAAAAUAUUUGACUCUAAAUAUUUGAAUCAAGUACAACUUGAAUAAAUGUAAGACCAUUCUACACACGUCUUAGUGCUAAAUAAUAUAUUGUCAAUUUAUAUAUAUUUUGUCAUAAAAUCACUGCCCAUGAUCAUUUCUAUCAAAUUGAAAUAAAAAGUAAUUUCAUAAUAAUUUGGCUCUGUUUUAUUGUGUAUGAAAAAAAAUCAGAGUUUGCGGGACAAGGAAGCCAUAGAUAUGCUCUUCUUAUUUGGCCAAACUACUUUAAUUUUAAGUGAUAGAUA